ACCCUCGGGAUGGCAACUCCUCCACCCACAGAGAAGAAGCGCUCUGCAAGGUCUCCAGCUGAUGAAGAUCAAGUCGCAAAGAAAGCUCGCUCAGAUGAUCCUGAUAAAGGCCCGGCUUUCUCCGAUAUCAUGGGCACCGAUAUGCUGGAUAUCUAUGUUGGGAUGGGGACCGAGAAGAAGCUGUUUCGAGUUCACGAGAAGAUCCUACGAGACAAGGUUCCUUACUUUGAUAAGAUGCUCUCGAAUGGCUUUCAAGAAUCGAUCGAUAAGAAGAUAGAGUUGCCGGAGGAUCACGUUAACUCUUUCGAUAUCUUACUUUUAUGGGUGUACACAAGCAAUAUUCAACCAUUCAGUUGGAUCCUUAAUAGUGCGAAUGGAAGUGACAUGAAGUGGGAUGUUUUCAAGGUCUAUGAAUUGGCGGACAAGCUUUGUCUGGAGGAAUUGAUGGACGAAGUUACUUCGACGUAUAUCGAUGCUUCUGAGAAGCAAGAUAUCCUUCCUUCAAUCACUAGCAUUGGUGAGGAUUGCUCGAAACUUUCCGCACACAUGGGACUCAAGAAGUACAUGGUUCUCUGUCUCGACUAUUAUCUGAAUGGAAUGUCUCGCGAAUCCAACUACUACGGGUCAGGCAUUGAGGAGUUUGUGGACCUAUUGAGUGUCAACAGAGAGCUGUUUCUUGAGCAUAUGCAGCUUGUUCAUCAACGGCCUACAGGUCAACUAGCACCAGAUCCACGAAAGAUGCCUCGUUGCACAUUUCAUCAACACGAUGCCGGCGUCGAGUGCCCUUUGAAGAAGGGCUCCAGCCAAAGGACAUCUUGA